CGAGCCCAAAAAGAAAGCCGACCUGAAGAAGCAAUCUCAAUUUCCAAUUUUGAAAGCAGAGCCGUCUUGUUUAAAUCUGGCCACACCCCCGCGUUUUUGUUUCACAUGAGAGCAUCAUUCAACUGAGAUAUUCUUGUUGUUCUUCUUCCCUUCUUUCCGUUUCACCCUUGAAGCUCGAAGCUCGAAAUUCUCGUCGACUUCGAUGGGUCUCGCUGAAGAUCGAUCCGAAAUUGUGUUCUUCGACGUCGAAACUACUGUCCCCACCCGACCCGGCCAGGGUUUUGCCAUUCUGGAGUUUGGAGCCAUCUUGGUUUGUCCCAAGAAGCUCACGGAGCUCAGCUCUUACUCCACCUUGGUCCGUCCCGCCAACCCUUCCCUCAUCUCCCCCUUGUCCGAACGCUGCAACGGCAUUACUCGCGAUGCUGUUGCCUCGGCCCCUACUUUCGCUGAAAUCGCCGAUACGGUUUACGACCUUCUUCAUGAACGGAUUUGGGCGGGUCAUAACAUCUUAAGAUUUGACUGUGUUCGCGUCAGAGAUGCAUUUAGUGAGAUUAAUCGGCCAGCACCGGAACCCAAGGGUUCUAUUGACUCAUUGGUUUUGUUGACUCAAAAGUUUGGAAGAAGAGCUGGUGACAUGAAGAUGGCCAGUCUUGCAACAUAUUUUGGGCUUGGACAACAGACACAUAGGAGCUUAGAUGAUGUUCGUAUGAAUCUGGAAGUCCUCAAACACUGUGCAACUGUUCUAUUCUUGGAAUCAAGUCUUCCAGAUGUAUUUACAACAAAUAGUUGGGUUUCUCCAAAUGCUAUUACAAGAAGUCGUAGUUUUGGAAAAUCUUUACCAGAUAGGGGCUCAUCAAAUAUGAAAGUGGAAUCCUUGUUAUUGUCAUCACCUAUCAUGAAUCAAUGCAAGGAGGGAAAUGAUCCAACACCUCCUAUUGCAACGUGCAGCUCAGAUGGCUCUGAAUCAGAUACAGUAGAUGCUAAUAUAGUUCAACAUCAUUUUGACUUUGAUCGCCUUCGUGAUGAAUUAAACAAAGAACUGAUUCAACCGGAUUUCAUGGUGGAUGAAAGGCCCAUUCCAGAGACACCACAGAUGUCUUCUUCAGCUGCUGUGCCUGAGGCUUGUAGCAGUGCUUUUGCUGUUUUAAAGCCUGAUGAAAUAUUUAUCUCUUGUCUCACAGCAUCUCUUGUUCCAUUAUAUCGUGGCAGUCAAAGGAUACAGCUAUUGCACAAAGGUUUCCCCUUUCAGCUUUGUUGUACUGAUCUUAAAAUACGGUUUGGAAUAAACCCUAAGUUUAAGGAUCAUGCGGGUCGACCAAAGUUGAAUUUUGUGGUCGAUCCAUCACAAAGCUUAUGUAAGGUUCUUGAAGCUUGUGAUGGUAUUGCACAGAGGCUAUCUUUGGAGUCUGGUAGCAGCUCUGGUUGGAGAUCAGUUGUUACUAGAAAAGAUGGCUUCUUCAAUUAUCCCACUGUGCGACUGCAGAUACCCACAGCAGUAUGCGGCAACGUUGCCAUAUAUGCAGCUGAAAUAUACCAGAAAGAAUCAUCAGGCACUGUUCAAAGGCUGCUCUUCAGUAAGUUUGAUACUGAGGAACUUGGUUCCUUGUUCAUGCCUGGGACAUUUGUUGAUGCCGUAUUCUCCUUAGAUCCAUAUGACUUUCAACAGAAUGCAGGGAUUAGAUUGGUUGCAAAAAAAUUGACCAUCAAUUGCAAGUAGAAGGAAUAUGUUAUGACAAGGUGACACAUGCCAUGUUAGCAGGCAAGUAAUAAAUUAUUAUCAAUUCUUACAAUUAGGAUGGAUAGAAUGAAUAUUGGUUAAGCUGUAAAGCUGAUUCUAUUGCAAGCUUCAAUUUAUUUGAAAACUUCCAAGUUUUCUGCUAACAUGGAAUUUCGAUGUGUAAAGUAUAACUUGUGUGACUCUGAUUGUAUCUGUAAAUUACUUGUAUGACCUUGAGAAAAAUAAAUUGAAAUGAAGUGAGAUGGUUAUUCAAUUCA